AUGAACUCUAUUGACAACAACUACAUCGAUCUCACUCACAUUGAUCUCUCUACCAUAAAUAUGAAGUUAUGUGAUGAACAAAAUCAAGUGAAACUGACAGUCUGGCAGUGUCGUUCACCUGAUGAUAAGAUGCGACACGAACAGUGUUUCAUAUGCAAGAUGAAUAGAGAAGUUGGAUUGACGUUAAUGAGAAUAAAAUCACCAUCGGUACUUGUUCAACCUAAAGGUGAAGAACGUCAGUUUUUAUGUUUACUUCAAGAAGCGAGUAAGAAUUGUCGACAGAUGCUUUCUGAAACAAGUCAGAUAAUACAGCAACGUCUCCAUCUACUAGAAAGACAGAAUGCAGAGAAGGAGCAAUUGGCAGAAGAGAUGACUUCUAAACUACAUCAUGCUGAAGACGAUCUUAAAGCAAAACCGGAAGAGUCGGAUCAAUAUUGGCAGAUUUUAGACAUUCAGCCAGAGGAGCUGCAGCUUCAUGACGAUUCACUGGGAAAAGGAUCAUAUGGGGGUAAGAUGAUAUUCAGUCAAAGAUUGGAGUGCAGUUUUAGGUAA